ACGUGAGAGAUUUGUGUCAGCUCUCAGGUCGUGUGUAACUGCACCAUUUGUCGAAUGUAGGUGAUGACCCGUGCUAUUUGUUCAAUUAAUGACAUUUAGACUUGCGUUUCGUAAUGGUAGAUAUAUUUAACAAUUAUAUUUUUAACUUUUAUCAUGUUGCCAAAUUAGAGCGUGAAAACUACAUUUGUGACUUGAAGAAUGUGAGGUUAUUUCUCCGUCGACCUCGUUGUUUUACCACUUGUAUAUACAUUAUUGAGAAAUUCGUUUAAUGAUCGAUAUAAUAUGAUGAAGUGUUAUUAUGACGUGCUAGGAGUUCCAAGAGAUGUAAGUGACGAAGAAUUGAAAAAGUCGUACAGGAAACUAGCUUUGAAGUGGCACCCAGAUAAAAAUCCUGACAAUGUAUCAGAAGCCAGAGAGCAGUUUCAGCUUGUGCAACAAGCGUACGAGGUUUUAAGUGAUCCUCAUGAACGAUCGUGGUAUGAUUCUCACAGAGAGUCCAUUCUUAGAGGCGCUGGAAGUGAUUAUAAGGAUGAUAGCCUUGAUGUAUUUCAUUACUUCACACCCUCAUGCUUUAAAGGUUAUGGUGAUGAUGAUAAAGGUUUUUAUGCAGUGUACAGAGAGGUGUUCAAUAAACUGGCAGCAGAAGAUUCAGAAUAUAUGACAGGCGAUGAUAGUGAUUUUGAAGCACCAAGCUUUGGUAACUCAAAAAGUUCCUAUGAAGAUGUAGUGCAUCCAUUCUAUGCAUACUGGCAGAGUUAUUCUACAAAGAAAUCAUAUGCUUGGUUAGAUCCAUAUGAUAUCAGGGAUGCUCCGAACAGGCGCGUUGUGCGUGUAGUGGAGAAAGAAAACAAGAAAAUUCGUGAUAAAGCCCGUAAACAGCGGAAUGAGGAAGUUCGAAACCUGGUGGCAUUUGUUCGUAAAAGGGAUAAACGAGUCCAAUCACAUGUGAAGUUGUUAGAAGAACGUACAGCAGAAAAUGCAAAAAAAGUAGAAGAGAGAAGACAGAAGCAUUUAAAGGAACGACAAGAAGCAAUGAAAAAUUAUAAAGAAUCAGAAUGGACAAAAUUUUCAAAUGUUGAAAAAGAACUUGCAGCUAUUGAAGCAAAUCUUGCCGCAGAAUUUGGGGAUAGGGAUGCAUCUUCAUAUGGAGAGUCUGAAAGUGAUAGGGAAGAAGAGUUGGAAGCAGCUGUUAACUCAUUAUAUUGUGUUGCAUGUAACAAAGUAUUCAAAACUGAGAGAGCAUUUUCAAAUCAUGAGAACUCUAGGAAACAUAAAGAGAGUGUCGAAGUGUUGAAAGCAUCGGUGUUGGAUGAAGAAGAGGCAUUGGCUGUGUCAGAAAAUAAACAAAGUAUUGAAGAUUCUUAUGGUUGUUUGGAAAUUACAUCCUUAAAUGAAAUUCCAUCUGAUUUUGAUAUAUGUUCAGAAAUUGAAUUAGAGGAAUCUGAACCUCUAGAAGUACAAUCAAAAAAGAAAAUCAAGAAACAAAACAAAAUCAGGGUAGCAAAUAUUUGUAAUGUUACUGAUGAAAGUACAUCAGACAUUGAAUUCCAUAUGUCUUUAGGAUGGUCUAAGAAGCAACGUAAAAAGCACUGUCAGAUGAUGCAGGUGCAGCAGAGAAUAGCUUCUGAUAUCAACACUGAAGAAAGUGGGGCUGAGAAUAAUAUUGCUGACAGUAUCACAACAGAGAAUUUGAGUGAAGAUUUUGAUGUUUCUGCAGAGAAACUGAAAGGAAGGAAAGCAAAAGUUACAAGAAAAGACAUAAAAGUAGAUGUAUCAAAGGAGGGGAAAGUUAAUAAUAGGAAAGAAGAUGCAGAUGGAAUGAAGGAAGAAGGAAAAUCAGAUGAUGCAGAUUAUGUUAAAGUAAAGAAUAAAAGGGCUAAGGGGGUGAAAAAGAAGGGCACAAAAGAUGGAAAUGAUGUCACUGAUAAUAUCAAAGAUUUAAAUCAUUGCUGUGUUACUUGUCAUUCUGAAUUUCCAUCUAAGAAUAAACUAUUUGAUCAUCUUAAGAAAACUGGCCAUUCAGUGUUCAUCCCUUUUUUGGCAGAGACAUCAACUAAGGAGAGGCUGGAUGACAGGGUAAAAGUGAAGACAAAAAGAUCUAAAUGAAGAUACUGUUAGGACAUCAAAUUAAAUUAAAUUAAAAUUAGUGCCACUUUUAUUUUGUGUUAUGCUUACAUAAAGUCACUAUCUUCAUGGAGUAGUAUAGGGCAAAUGAUUCAGUUGCUGUUUAAUAUAAAUUUAAAUACUUAUUCAUAAGUUAAAAGAAAUAGGACUGAAUUUUUCAAGUGAUUUCAGUGAAAGAAGUUGUAGUUAUAUCUCUAGCUUGCAUUUUUGUUAUUGUAAAAUCAUUAAGAAAAUGUGAAGCAAACUUGAGGGCAGGAAUGUGAAAGUCUUUUAGUUGAACCCAUGGCAAAUGGUAAUGUAAUCCUAUGUUUUUUAUCACAUUAUCACAGCCAGUAUCUAAUGUAUAUGAUGGGCAUUGGGAUUGACCAGUUUAUGAUGAGAUUGAAAGACUUGAUUGCUGAAGUCAGCAAGUUAUCUGCUUCUCCCUGGAAAAUUAACUAUAAAUCCCUUGCUUGCUCAGGCCAGUGCACACUCAUUCUUGAAGCAGUGUGCCUGUAUGUGAUUUGCAAAGUUAGAGUGGGAUGCACAAUUAGCGCUCGAAGAAUAAUAGGGCAGUAAAUUCUGACAACCUUUUUUGAGCAAUUGACUGAAGAAAAAACCACAUUGGAACUUCAUAUGGGACAAUGUUACAGCCUACACAGCUCAUUAACCUGUGAGUGUUUUCCCUGAAAUUUUUGGUGAAUGAAUGGUAAGUGAAGGACUGUAGAAUGUCUGCUGACCUAAUUUAAAUCUUUAUGAAUUUCAUUUAUGGGGCACACUAAAAGAUAAAUUGUCUGUGAAUAAUUCUAAUUCACUACAAGAACAAAAAAAUUUGGUAUGAAAUUUCUGUUAUUCCAAGACAACUUUGCCAUGUGUCUAGAAACAUUUUUUCAAGAUAUGAUGCCUGCACAGAAGCAGGUUUGCACUUUGAAUUUUGUUAGGUCAUACCAUAGAGAGGAAAAUGGCAGCAAAUAUUCAGCUUCACCUGAAGAUGGCUGUCUUCCGGGUUGCAGCGUGUAGUCUGGUGGAAGUUUACCCUGAAGACAGCCAUCUUCGGACUCACCGCUAUGAAAACCUCAAAUUAUGCAAUCAGCUUCUCCUGCUGUUCUGUGUGAAGAGCUUGCUAUCACUGUACAGGACUUGGACUCAAGAUAAACAGAGACCAUAUUUUUCUGUCAUGGUUUAUAUUAAGGUUGUUUGGGUCAGGUAACUAUUUGUUAUAAUAGUCAUACAGUCAGAUCAGUUUUAGUGGUAACACUGGCAUGACAUUUGUUGCAAGCUUGUUUCUGAUUGCCUCACUUUCUCACAGUAAGUUUGUUUUAUUACUGUAGCUGAUUAUUGUCAUCUUUCCUGUCCAAAACGUACAUACAUACACAGAAAUACUUUGUAAUAUGACCUUGUAUAUUCUUACUGGGCUACAAUUUUGCAGAUGAGUCUUGAAUGCAAACAUAUUGCCCUGUGGAUGAGUUUUGAAGACAUAUUAAAAACAAAUUAAACUCUU